UACGCACAAUACACUCGUACCGUAUUCAUCUUCUACACGCAAUACGAUGGCAGUUUCGUAACACGCGUUAAAAAACGUGGCUGGUUGACUGAAAAUCCUGAUGGAGAAAACGUCGUCUUUAACUAGAGUGGCCGAAUUUUCCUCUCCUAAGUUGGAAGCUCUGAAAAAGUUACCACGGAUUUCGGACUAUGAAUUGCCGUCUCUUCGUCAGCGCAUCUCAGAAAUGGACAAUAAUGAUGCCGCUGAAGAGACGAGCCGAGGAUAUGACUCUGCUGGGCAUUUGAAUGACUACGACGAUUACGAGGCCUUACCCGAGAGCUCCACUCUGACGACGCAUCUGAUCGCCGGUGCUUUUGCGGGCAUGGCCGAGCACUGUGUCAUGUACCCGGUUGAUAGUGUGAAAACACGAAUGCAAUGUAUGAAGCCUUCACCCAAUGCAAUAUACAAAAAUGUUUUCAAUGGCCUGACUACAAUUAUCCGGAACGAGGGCGCCAACGGCACCAUGAGGGGUAUCAACGCGGUGGCGCUCGGGGCAGGACCCGCCCAUGCACUCUACUUCGCUUGCUACGAAAAGAUGAAGAAAGUCUUGAGUACCAAUCCUGGCAGAAAUCCUCUAGCAAAUGCCGUUGCAGGUUGCCUAGCAACGGUCGUCCACGAUGCUGCUAUGAAUCCAGUAGAAGUGAUCAAGCAACGGAUGCAGAUGUACAACAGCCCCUACAAGAACGUAACAGACUGUUUUAGGCGGGUGUUGAGAACUGAGGGCACGAGUGCCUUUUACCGCAGCUACACCACGCAGCUUACAAUGAACAUCCCCUUCCAGACCGUCCACUUCGUCACGUACGAACUGGGCCAAGAAUACUUGAACUCUGAGCGAAGGUACAACCCCAAGACGCACGUCGUGUCGGGGGCAGCUGCGGGGGCCAUCGCCGCCGCCAUCACGACCCCGUUGGACGUUUGUAAGACUCUGCUGAACACGCAGGAGCAGGGCGUGACGCACGGGAGGAGGUCGAUAAACGGCAUGCUUCAUGCCUUUAGGACUAUAUACGACCUCGGCGGGAUCCGCGGCUACUUCAAGGGCAUCGGCGCCAGGGUGGUGUUCCAGAUGCCGGCGACCGCUCUAUCAUGGUCCGUCUACGAAUUCUUCAAGUACUUCCUAACAAACCAAUGGCCGAAUACAUAGAGCAAGGGUUUCAAGUCUCCAACGUGCAAGAGCUUUUUAGAUAUGAACUCCCUUCCUUGAUAAGCAUCUGCAAGAGGUUGAUGGCAAAUUGAAUUAUUUGUUAAGGAAAAAAGUACAUUUACUCAAUAUACUGUGUAUUUAUGAAUCACUUUUUAAGUGGAAUAUUUCAAGGGUAUAUACUGUAGACUGGUAGAAAUAAAUCAUGCACCUUAAUAGGAUUUUACACUGGCCUAGAUUAGUUCAUUACCCUUGCCCGACCCUCACACCAAUUUGGAUUUAGUAUACAUUGUCAAUCGAUUUAAAUCUUUUUUCAGUACCGGUAUGUGUGUGGUACUAGAAAGAGAUCAUAUUAGCUUUGACGAUCACUGUCAUUUGACACACAAAAAAGAUGUGACAUGGCGUUUUUUUCCUGAUCAGUUAUUGGUAGUGCUCUAAACUAGACGAGUUGGAUGUAGGUUGGUACAGUUUGAUGUAGAUUGGUGCAUCAACUUCUCUCAAAUUACAUUGACUGCCUUUAUGUUGUAUUCUUUGCUGUAUAUGUACAUCUUUCCUAAACCAGUGUACCAUAGUGUCACUCGAUUCCAAAGAGUAGUCUAAAUGUUAACAACAAACAUUUCUUGUUGUUGUAAACAUUAAAAUGGUUCGUUCUGGAUGUACACCAUGUAAAAUGUUGUGCCAAAUAAUGUAAAAUCCUAAUAAUGCUUGCUGUAUGUUACGGUAAAGACUAAUACUUAUCUUUUUUCAUUCAUAAACAAAUGCAUCUGCUAACUUUUGUUUUUUUUGCCUUAAAACACAUGGAUACUGGUCUAAUAUCAGUUGCAUAUGACUGGAUUAAAGUCCGCCUUGCAUGGCUUUUAAGUAGGCAGUGUGGGUUUUUUGGAAACGUAGAUACAUGUAUAUGUCUCAAAUUGGGUUAAAGGGGGUGUAGCGUGACAAGACUACAUGUCUUUCCUGUGGCCUGACUUGGGGGCCAAUCGGAUAUAAUACGUCUACGGACAACGCGACAGCAGUAUUUACAUGCGUGCAACAUACGCGCAUUCGUUUAUGUGCACUUUUCCAAAAAAAAGUCGUACAUGUAGAUGGGAUUGCCAUGCUACACUCCCUUUAAGUCGAGAUACUGAAAGGAGGUGCCCUACGUAGACAUAAUUAGUGUGGCUCGUCUAUGAAGUCUACUUUUGGGCACACGUCCAGUGUUAAAAAUUAAAAAAUUAAAAAUUUAAAAAAUAUUCUUCCAUUAACACACACUGUCAAGAAUGGGUGUUCUGUCACAAGUAUCAUGUGUUUAUCAAUCUUAUGUAAAUUCAAAUAGGAUGAAAACACUUCAGUUAGCAGCCGGCAUUAUGUUGUGAUGAAGAAAAAAAAUCUUUCUUUUGUAGUGUGUACCUUGAUUUUAGUAGCCGUGAGAAAAUAAAGUGCCUUAUCAAUAAAAAUAUAUAUAUAUGGUCCUCAUAAACCAGCUGAUAUAUGGCAUAGAACUGAGGAGAAUCUAAUUACUUAUCACAUGUGAUUGCAAUUGUAUAUCGAAUCCAAUCCAGCAAUUUAUAAAGCGCCAAUAUCUAGUUGCCUAAUCAAAGGCGCUGAUAUGAUAAAGAAAUGAGAAAAUAAGAUAAAAGGUACAUUCAUACUUAUAGAUUACUUUCCUUCACAACGACAAUCUGCACUAAUAAGAAUGCUACUUAUGCUACUAUCUAAUUUUAACUAAGUACUAAGUUCUUGAUGCUGUACCUAUGAAGUAUACGAUCAUUUUAACGAUGUAUGUAUAAAAAAAGGCCUUUUGCAACCAACAGGAUUUUUAGAAUGUAGGUAAUUAUGAAUGGUAAUUCAUCAACAACAACAUGAAAAGGCGCAAGUCAUUUUUUGUCACACUUACAGUACAUGUAGUAGGGAAGCAUAGAUUUGAAAGAUACUCGUCAUUUCCCCCUUUUUUUGCUUCUAUGAAGUAUUUUAAAAAUGCUUGGAAUAUAGGGCUCCACACUAACUUUUUUUAGAAGAGGAUUCCAAAUUUUUCUGUAGUCUGUGUGCUUAAGCCCUAUGUUAAAAUCUUGAAAAUUGGGGGGGGGGGGGGGGGGGGUCUGGGCUUAAAUUUUGGGUACCAAAUGUGAUGCGAACCCCUGUUAAUGUCGAGCCCGGCCUUUAAUGAAUACAUUUAUAAUCAUCUUGUAAAUCUCCUCUAUUGGGGGUCGGCAUUUAUAAAUAUAAUUGCUGAUAUGAUUCACUGAGGAAGCAAGAAACACAUUAUGUUAACAUUAAAUGAAUUCAAGGAAACAACUUUCCAAAAUUUGUCUUUAAUUUAUUGAUUGAAUAAAAACACAGCUCACAGUCUCUUUCCUUGUUAUUAGGACUCUUGUUAUUGCUGCAUAAAGGACUUAAAAUCCACAGGGUAUUGCACAUAACCCCAUAUCAGCAAACUUUCUUUCUUCUUUUUUUCUCUUUUAGUGUUAAUGCAGGUAUCCCUCAAAUUGCGUAAUUCUCUUUCAUUUUCGUGUACACUACAUGGAAAUCCUGUUACAAUUAAAUAACCACACAUGCUCAAAACAACCAAAACACAGAAUAUUGACAGGGGGACUAUAGUAUACCUCGGUUUAUAAUCUAUUUCAUCUCAUUGUAUUAGCAACAAGAUAUCCCUGUAUAUUUAUUAUGGGUUUGUCUAAGUUUCCCAUUGGGCAAUGUUCUUUUUCAAGUUGGUCUUCCAGGUGAUAUCUAUUCUACUUUCAUUGACUGUUGAAUAAAAACAAUGCCAAAUUCUAAAUAUUUUGAGAAUGUUCCUUUUCUCACCAGAAAUUGCACAACUUACACUGCUUCUCAAGCACACUACACAUUAUGCAAUUUUAAUCGUGGGCAUUUCCAUAUUUGGUUGAAAUUUUAUGACACUUGGAUUGGUGAUAUAGCAUAAUUAGCAAAUCAUUAGUUUGUUUGUUUGUUUUCCUUUUGUUAAUACUUUAUUAGACCAGUUCACAUAUGUAUUCAAAGAAUGAACACAUAAUAAUUGUAAGCAGUAUCACUCUUUGUGAACGUAUUAUAUUCACUUAUUCCAGGGUAUUCUAUUUCACGAGUCAGAAUGCCGGUUACAUACAGUGUAACUGUUAGUUGACGAGCCCUUGACAUGGCUGGCAAGCGUACAUGUCAUCAAAAGUACAUUUGUAGUAGGAAUGUGCAGAAAAUCGUACAUUUGUAGGCUUAUUUAUUAGAAGCUUUGGGCGUGUAAUACACUAUGUUCUUCAAUAGUUGCAAUGCAGGUUGCAUACAUUAGUUGUUUUAUUGGACGAGCCCCUUGCAAGCUUUAGGUUUGUCACUUGUUUACAUUGCAGCAGAAAAAAAACAUGAAUAUAAAUUGAGUACAUUUGUGAACUGGUCUUUUAUAAGCUCUCUACAUUCAAGUCACAGUAUUGACAUACUGCAUUCACAAUCAGCUUCAUUACUGGCAAAUUAGGUUAACCAAAUAUUGACGCUUUAUUGCUCAUUGACCGGUAUUAGAUAAGCAAUGUGAGUAUUGUACUUGAACCAAAAAGCCAUUAUCUGCCGAAUGUUUAAUGUACAGAUGAUCGCAAGCACAAAAU